AAAAAAUCCUAGAAUUUAAUCUUUAUUCCUAUCUGAAGAAAAUUAAACUUACUAAUAGAAGAUGGGCGAUUUGUAUUUCAUGCCUUCCGAUGUUGCAAGAAUAGUUCUUGGUUAUUUAAAAGAGAGUAGCUAUAGUAAAACAUACAACUGUUUUCUAAAAGAAUGCUCAUACUUGAAAGAAAUCUACAACUUGGAGAAGGCAGGUAGAUCAUUGAGAAAAGUUACACAGUUAAAUCUGUGCAAAAUCUUAGAAGAAUGGGGUCAUCAAAAAUAUUCAAGUGAAAAUAGUACAGUUGGAGGAAACAAUUUUGUAGAGACACCCAGUUCUGAUGAUACUGUUGAUGAAACAUUGAUUUGUGAUAAUGAUGUGACCAACAGUGGUCGAAAAACGAAGGCUAGGUCUAGAAGUAAUGGAAAGAAAUCACCUCAAGUACUGAAAAGCAGGAGAUCUCCAUGUACCCCCAAGUCAUCAAGACUAAGGUUUAAGUCUCCUAGAAACAGUACUACAUCAAAUGCUCAAGUUAUUACAGAAAAACAAAAUUAUGACAGCAGAACUCCAGAUAAAGCAGUUUUUGAAGAUUUAAAGCCAGGGAGUUGUAAUGAGAUCACGCCUAAAAAAUCGCCCCUUCAUACUUCAAAAUCAGCAGGAAAAGCUGACACUCCAAGUCCACUCAGAAAGGUUGAAAAUGCUAAAACAAAUGAUUCAGAACAUGUUACUGGAGCACAAGAGCAAAAUGUUACAAAGAAAAAAUGUGUUAGAAGUACUGCAAGAACUGAAGAAAGCACAAGGCCUUGUGGUCUCGAAGACAAAACAAUUCAGAAGGAUGUAGAACAGUCUGAAAAUAUUACCAACAUUGGUGAAAACAGUAAUGAAGAGAAUGUUGAUAAAAACAACUUAAAAGAUCAGAGUGCUAAAGAGAAUGAGGAAGCAGAACCGAAACAUAGAAAAACUAAAGAAACGUCUAAGCAGAAUAUAAACACAGCUGAAGAUGAUGAGGCCAAUUCAGCAACAGUAAAGGAUAUGUCUGAGACAACAUUUGUUAAAACAGUUUUAGAACCAACAUCUAACAGUGAUGCUAAUGAGAGAUGUAUAGCAUGGUUAAAGAAAAAUGAUGAGUCUGUAAUGGAUGAAAAACAUUGCAAUGCCAAUGAAAAUUUUGGAAGAUCAGGUUUAGAAAAUAAAAAUCCUAUUACAUCACUGUCAGUGCAUGAGAACAGUGCCAAACUUAAUGAUGUUAAGACAACAGCACAACUGCCUACAAACACAGAUGAAGCUAGUUAUGGUGGUACUACAAGUAAAUCUUCUGUGUCAACAGAUACAUUAAGAUCUAAUACUCCGGAAAUCACACCAGGUGCUGGUACUAUAGAGCAUGGUUCUAACCAGCAGCCUGUUUCUCAGUUGCCAUUGCAUGUCACACCGAAGAAGACCUCACCUGAAUCAAGAGAUAAAAGUAUUAACACCCCAAUGAAACUCCUGCAAAGUUCAGAUCAACACACAGUCAGAUCUCCUCGUAGAAAAAAACCAAAGACACCUAGGAAGAGAACCAGUGAAGUGUCGCCAGUCAGUGUUGUAUCAGUCAAGUCAGUUGAUCCAGGCAGCGUGAAUCCAAUAUUUGAGAAAAUUCUGGCAGAUCAUCGGUUACAUGAGAAAUUAGCUGAGACUUGUAAUCUUGUACAUAGUCAGAUAAAGUUGGCUAACAGCGGUAAAGAGAAUAAGUCUGACACACGACCAGGUGAUCAGAUAUCUCCUGUUCCUAACAAUCAUUCAUAUGAUCACGAAACAGUUACAGCAUCACAAUCAUUGGAGGAAAUACUCGGCCUGGAUCACAAUUUCCACUCGGAGAUGUUGAGUGAUAACAUAGAUAUGAGUGACCCAGCAUAUUCAUCACUUUUCAAAUUGUUUGGAACAGAUAGGGAGACUUUUAAUGAAUACCUCAGGAAAGAGAAGGAGAAAGAGUUAGCAUUGAUGGAGGCCGAGGUUGAGGAACUGGAGAGAAGCAAUCAUGAAAUUUUGUGUGCGAACUUUGGUGUGUCUAAUGCUGAUGCAGGAUAUGAAACGCAGGAACUUGCUUAUAGUUCUCCUCAUCAUGUGGCUCUUGGUUCACAAGAUCUGUUCUCCACCCAACAUGGAUCUCCUCAAACUCAUGCAACUUCUACUCCAUGUGGAAAUGGUGUGCCAGUUAGUUUUAAACCUAUACUAAGAGAAGGCGGGAUUGCAAAUAGCCCGGUGCAUUCAUCUAGUGUCUUUGGUGGAUUAAAAAAUACAGGAAUAAAUGACAAGAUAAGCCCUAGUAGUACAGCCACGCAACCUUUCAGUCCAGCAUACUCUAACUACAGUGAGGUGAACAAUCCACCUACCCCUCACAACCAGCAGCAUUUAUCUACGUAUGUAAAUGGAACCAGUCCACGAGGACCAAAUUCACCAGGGAGUCACGCAGGGGAUCCAUACAGUAAUCCUGCCACUCCGUUACAGUCCAAUAUUAGUCAUGUGAUGCAUUCAACACCAACUGGACCAGGAAAUCCGGACCAUUUUCACCUCUCGUCACCGAUCCGUUCUCAGCACAGUGCCGUUAAAAACUCUCAUGUUCCAGUUCAUUGUAGCCCUCUGGUUAAGGCAGAUGUUCACCCUCAUAGCCCCUUGCUUACUCAUUCAAAUGAAUAUCAUUUGAACAGUAACAGUGGACUAUACUUUAAUUCACAAAUAACAAAUGAAGUGAGUAACAAAAAUGUUAACAGUAAUAAUGGAACUGGCCAUUUUGGACAUAGCACGGAAGGGUAUUUGCAUUUACUUCAACAAGAUGUGAACAGUCCAUCUUCCAGAGAGCCAUGUACAACUAUUGAGAACACAAUAGGUUGUAUUAGUCUACCCCCACCUUCAAAUAGUGAGACAAAGCAAAAUAAUCAACCUAAUGGUGCUAGUAGAUCUAGAAGGAAAAGAGAACCUGUCAAGAGAAAGAAUGUUUCAGGAUCUUUUGCAACUGUGAAAGGACUACUGGAAAAACCUUUAACUCAUUUGAAUACAUUUCCAUUGUCAAUGAAAUUUGCUGGCUUGCAAAGUACAUGUAGAACACCUGAAAAAAGACAGUCUGAUAGUAUCACCUUGCGGUCACCUGGUGGUAAAACUGUGAUAAACGUUCCACUACUGAACUGUGAGGAUCAAAUUGAUCUGAGUGUCCUUGGAAUGGACGAGAAUGUAGACACUGCCGAUGGUUCCAAAACAAUUAGUGUUUAUAAUGAAAGUUUAGACAAAUCCACACAUUAUUCUAUAGCUCCAGAGAACCAAGUAACCCAUCAGCUGAUGAGUGCAAUAGAGGCUGGCAAAACUUCAGAAGUACUCCAGCAAAUUCAAAAGAGAAAUAGCAAUGAAACAAAAUCAAAAGCAUCCAAGAGGUCUGUUUCGGAACGAAAAACCAGGGCGCGGAAAAAGAAAGAGGAAAUUGCUAAAGAUGAAGAAACUGAUCGAUUCAGUCCAACUCCGCCGUCAUCUGGCCAGUCUGGUGGCGUACAUGAUGGUAGUGCUGACUUGAAUCCAGAGAUUUAUACAGCUACACCAUUUCCAAAUUUACAUAAAGGGGCCACUGUUCGAGCAUUAAACUUUGGUCCGAAUGUUGACGAUCCGGAUAUUGCUCAUUACCGUAAGAUUUAUCCAAAAUUUCAAACUGAAGACAAAAGCCCAAGUGUUUUAAUUCUACAUGCAAAUCAAGUUAUUAAUCCAGGUCAUAGAGUUUACGUUAAUUCGACACCAAUUACACUGGUACAGAACAUGCCUAAAACACACAAUGAUAAAGUCGAUAUUAACGUUACUGAUAUAAAAGAUGACUGUUCAAACAAGAAGCCAGAUGAUAGGGAAAAGGGUGAUAAAGAACUGUGUGUAAAGGAGAAAGAAACAUCGGGACUAAGACAUAGCAGUGUUAAUGAUGGACAAAAUAAAGAUGAUCAUGAAAAAUGUGAGACAUCAAAAGAUAUCAAAUCAAGGGAGAAUACCCCUAAAAAGGUGCAAAUGAAAAGUCCAAGGCAGUCAAACAAUGUAUCAAAUGAAACUCCAAAGAAGAUGAAACACAUUGACCAGCAAACUAAGGAGGUGGCCGAACAAUCAAUGGAGAGUACCAAUGAAGAUAAAUCAAUUGAAAAGAUAAAUGAUAAAAAAGAGAUUGCUUCUAAAACUAAAAUAAAAUGUAGUUCAGACACACAUGUCCAGCUGAAAGAAAGUAAUAAGAAAAAAGCUGAAAUUGAAGAGGUUAAAUGUAAAAAGGUAGACAAUUCUUCAAAACAUCCAAAGUCCAAGGACAGCAAAGGAAAAGAAAAAUUGAAGGUUAAGAUACCUGCUUCGCGUUAUAAGUCACCUAAAGGUAAAAAAUCAGACUCUAAAUCUGGUAAAUCAGGGAUACCAUUUUAUUUCAAGAAAAUGAAUGAUGCUAAACCUGAAAGUGAUACGGAUAGUUCUGAUGAUGAUGUUCCAUUGAGUGUAAUAAGGAAUAGGGAGAAUUUAAAAGGUAAAAAGAAAGGGCAAAAUAUUGAAAAGAAAGAAGGAAAUGAACAUGUCCAACUAGUCAUAGAAUCAGAGUCCACUGAUGAAGAUAGUGGAACAGGCGUUGUAAUAUCAGCACCAAGUAAAUCAAUGAAAAUAUGUGAUGAAAAUGAAACAAAUAGUAAAGAGGUAUUAUUUGAAAAAAUUGGACUUACUCCCACUAAAUCGCUUUCUAAGUAUGACUUGAAGUCACCAAAUAGGGCCAAUGCUCUAGAUGUUAUGGCUGAGUGGCAAAGGUCCCCAUUGUCUUCGAGACGCCGAAUGCUUACUCCAAAUACACGGAACCGAUUCAGUAAAGCUGAUGAUGCAUUGAAAUCACCAACAACGCCAAAGAGGAAAGAACAUGCUAAACAAUUGUUUAAAUCACCUGUUAAAGAGGGAAAAAGUGUCCAGAAUGUGACAGAUGGUAAAGGAAAACAUACUGCUAAAAGAGUCGAUAAAAUAAUAGAUAGACUAAAGCAAAACAAUCCAGAUAAAAGUUUGAACAGUGUUAAAGCAAACAGUAGUAAGAGAACUACAAGAAGUGAUAAACGAAAAACAAGAAGUAAUUCUGCAGAAAGUAAUAAAUUAAAUGAACAAAGUAAUAAUAAAUCAAAUAAUAAAAAAUCUAAAGAAAAGACAUCAGUGAAGAAAGAAACGGAAAAUUUAUUGAAUAUUCAAGAAAAUGAAGAGGUAAUAUCUGAAAACAUAGAUGUGGACAAUUUGACUGAUGGUAAAUUUAUUGAUGAAGAAGUGCACAAUAAUUCUGUUAUUGAAAGCAUGAAUGAGGAAGGAUUAACUAAAAAUGAUUCACUCAUCUUGGAUGAAAACAGCCAGGGUGCUAGUGAGUUACAAAAGGCUGUAGCAAGUAUUGAAUUUGAUCAUUCAGAUGUCCAACAACGGGAAGAACAAAAUGUGCCAGACUAUCAGUAUUAUGAACUUGAUACUGUUGACUUUAAUCAAGAUAAUAAUGAUGAAGAACCAAUGGACAGGUCUGGCAAUACUAAGAUUGGGUGUAUAGAAAUUUCAAAUACAUGUGACAUCGUUGAUAUUCAAGGUAAGGGAACUUGUUCACCAGAAAAACAAAAUAGUAAUCAAUCACAGGGUCUGUCAGAUCAAAAACCUGAAAUCGAACAUGAACAGUUAGUUUUGGUAGAAGUUCAUAGGGCAGCAGAAAAUCAGGAUUCUAAUGAAUCCAUGGAGGAGUUAGAGAAAUAUAGACAUAGUGUUGAACUGUUAAAUGAAAAAUCUGGUAGUGAUUUAUCAAAUACUUGUACCAGUAAAGUUUCAGUAGACCAUUCAGAUAUUGUGACUCAAAUACUUGACAAGCCUGAAAGUUCUAAUGAACAAUCCAAAGUGGAAAAUAUUAAUUCAGAGCAGGGAGAAAGAAAGUCCAAGUCAAAAAAGAAAAAACGUAAGCACAGACAUCAUCACAGUGGUAAUGAAAUGACAAAUAUUGGAGAGCAGUUUGUUUCACCCGGGGAUCAAGGGGAAGGAGAAAGACAUAAACAUCACAAGAAAAAGAAGAAGAAAUCUAAGAAGCGUCACAGAGAGGAUGGUGAAGAUGGACAUGAAAGCAAGCGUAGAAAAAAAGAGAAGACAAAUGUGCCAUUAGACAGUUUAGCAGCGUUAAAUGUUGAAGAAGCCCUUACCCAAAUCUAUGGAAAACAACCAUCUAGUUAACGAGUGAUAAAAUAUUGGUGCCACUCAAUUCUUAUGAACAUUUUGCAGGAUAAGGGCUAAAAACUUGUGCAAUUUAUAAACAUAAAAUGUGUAUACAGUGGAAAUGGUCAUGCAGUAUGUUUUAUUUACUUUCAAAUCAUUAAAUUGUUUUCUGUUUUCCUGAUGUAGGAACAGUAUGAUAUCACAUGUACUGGUAAAUUAUUUUGGCAGAAUUGUAUUGUUGGCAUUUGCUAUUUUGAUAUGUACAUGUAUAUAAAAGGAACUUUUGUCAGUCUAACCAAUUCAUGUUUAACCUUUAAAAUAAAUGAUUGAUGUAUUAAAUACUUUAAGACUAUAAUUAGUUUAACAGUUCAUCUUGGCACAUUUAAGUUUAAAACAUUCUUUAUUCUUAUACAAAUUCAAUAGAUUUUGUUUUGAAACUUACUAAGGCCCAGUGGAAUAAUAUCAUAAACACUUUACUAAGAAACAUCUCAAAUAAGACAACAUAUUGAAAAGAGUUUAAGAAGGCCAGUUUUCUUGUUUCCCUUAACCAUUUCCAUGUACUUACCUUCAAAGAUUUUCUUUUUCCAUUUUCCUUGGCAAAUGACAUAUUUUCUCAUUCGCCAAUUAAGAUUGCCAAAUUGAUGUCACAAAGAUUUAAACACCUUUCAAGGGCGUAAUUAAAGAUUGUGAAACAAACUUGUUGUUUUGCUGACUGUAUCUUUUGUGUGUGUAUAUAAUUGUUUAAGUUGAUUCAAUGGUUUAAUACCAAUUUUUUUUUGCCUUUUUCCAAUUUUCUAAGUUUUUGUUUCAGCCAUUUUGUAUAGAUGUAUAUAGGUUAUGAGUAAAGUAGUAUUGGUAUUUCUUAUAUGCCAUUUAAAAAUUAAAAUGUAACAUGUGUUUAAUUGUUAUUAAUUUAACAUACAUUUUUAAUUAUGUAGUGUUCGGUUCAGUAAAUAACUUCUGAAAUAUGUAAGGGUACCGCUAAUAGUAAUAAGGACACUCAAAUACAGUAAAUAUGUCUUGUGUAGAGUGUAGAAAUACAAUUCUUGAUUUCAAGUUAAAGCCACAAAUAGAAAUUAUGAAUGCUUUGAAAAACAAAAUUUGUAAUUUGCCCAUAGUUGAUUCCAUUUUCAUUUUUAAUUGAAUUAUACAAUAGGCAAAAUUUUUAUAUUUGUUUCAAUUUAGUUUUCAGCUGGCAUUGUCCUUAUAAAUAUUGUCAAAAUGUUAAACCAGUGUAGUGACAGGCCAGGCUAGUCUACUUCACACAGUCUAACCAAACAGUUAUCUCUUUAGUUUUGUAUUUUGAUAUUGACAUCCCUUCAUCAAGAAAUGAACUGAUCCAAAUUCCAAUCUGAACUAGUGCAUUACACAUUUAUGAGGGAAUGAUUGGAAAUACAUAAAACCUGUCAUGUAAUCUGUUUAUGUAAAGUUGAUAGAUGAAAAGAGUGGAAAUGUUGAAUAAAACUAAAGUCUGAAAUACAUUGAUUUUAUUGUUAAAGAACAUCAUAUUUUGCACUGUUAAAUAAAAGGUUUCAAAAAUAUAUAAUUAUGUAUAUUUGAGUCGUAAACAUUAUUUUGUAUGAUUGAAUAUUGAAUAAAUUAUUUUUGUUAAUUUA